AGUCAUACAAGGAGCAUGUCAGCAGUUUUGGUUGUGCAUGGCGGGGCGUGGGCCAUACCAGAUGAACUGGCAAAGGCUUCUGUUGAAGGGGUGAAAAGUGCAGCACGUGAAGGGUCUUCGGUGCUUAAAGGUGGCGGAAAUGCACUUGAUGCUGUUGAGGCAGCUGUGAGGGUCAUGGAAGAUAACACGGUGUUUAAUGCAGGACAUGGAGCAACAUUAAACAUUGAUGGAGAAGUGGAGCUUGAUGCCUUUAUCAUGGAUGGAAGGACACUUGCCAGCGGUGCCGUUUCCUCAGUAAAAAACAUCACCAACCCUGUGUCACUGGCACGGGCAGUGAUGGAGAAGACUUCCCACGUCAUGUUGACAGACAGAGGAGCUAACCUUUUUGCAGAAAGCAUUGGUAUCAGCACAGUUCCCACGGAAACUCUAGUGUCCGAGUAUGAGAGGAAGGAAUGGGAGCUCCACAAGAAUUACAUUACUGGAGUAAAGGAAGAUUUUGGUUUGAAAAGGGCCCAUGAUACUGUGGGAGCUGUAGCUGUGGACUGUGCUGGCAAUGUUGCAUGUGCAACAUCGACUGGAGGGAUUAGAAAUAAAAUGGUCGGCAGAGUAGGAGACUCUCCGAUAAUUGGUUGUGGAGGAUAUGCAGACAACUUAAGUGGUGCAGUGUCUUGUACAGGCCACGGAGAAUCUAUCCUUAAAGUCACAUUGGCCAGACUCAUCCUUUCACAUAUGGACCAAGGUAAGUCAGCAGCUGAAGCCUCAGAGCUGUCUCUGCAGAACAUGGCCGACCGUGUCCAAGGUGCAGGAGGGGCUGUUGUGGUUUCUCCAUCAGGACAGUGGGCCGCCACAUUUACUACUGAGCGCAUGGCUUGGGCUGCCGUGGAGCAAGAUGUGCUGUGGUUUGGAUUAGACCCUAAUGUAAAACAAAAGGAGAAGUUUCACCAGUAGCUGUUUUACCUGUUUUUCAUUAUGUUCCCAAUGAAAUUAAUCAAUAUUUACACUCUUUUAAAUAUGGUCGAUUCUUUUUUUUUAAUCCACUAAGGUUUGAAUCCUUUAGUUUAUGUCAGUUGUUAAUUGAAUACAGGACUCAUAUACAAUACUCAUAGGCAAAGGAAACACUAGUAACUUUUUGCUAAUGUGUAAUAUCCAAGCAUUUGCAAAGUACAGUGAAAUGACAACUUUUUAAAAUGAAAAUUAACAGCCUUUACAGAAUUUUUUUUACAGUUUCUCCUUGUGAACUGCAAAAUAGAGCUCUAGAUAUCACACUUCUGAAAGACAAGAUCAAAGAUAGAUUAUGUAAAAUACAUCAUAAUAGCAGAAAAUAAUAAGAUACAUUAGGUUUGUCAUGUUUUUUUGUCAAUUUGCUGGACUGUUGUGUACUCUUUUUUUUUAACUUUACCUUUAAAUUCAUCUUAAGCAUCUCCAUUUUCAGCAGCACUUUUCUGUGUCAUUGUUUAUAAAGGAUACUUAAUAAAAAUAUAUUAAUUUAAGAUUUACUUAAUCAUUGAUAAAGAAAGAUUUCCUCCAUUCAUUGUGGUGUUAUUAUUUUUUCCCCAACAGUUGAUUUGGUGCACUUAGAGUAAUUUAUAAAAGGAGCCGUUACAGAGUUGUUAGCCAUAGCCUCAGUCAUGAGUUUCUACAUCAGUGUGCCAGGAACGUGCUUGUCUAGAUCAAUCAUAUGAAACAAUGACAGCUUAAAGCCACACAAUGUAUUUAAACUUUAAUCACAAUUUCAAAUAAACAGUUACUCCCACUGAGGGGAGGUCAGAAAGCGUUGCAUGACUGUUAAAAUCAAGAGAAAGCAAAAAUGCUUCACAGCAGUUAAACAUUAGCUCUGCCAGCAGCACCCGCGCCCUGCUGGGACACAUCACAGAGAGGGGUUGAGAAUCACCACAGUCAUGUAAAAAAACGAAAGCACAACCUCUUGCAAUUAAAGGGUUUUACUCAGAAACAAAAAUAAAUAAAAUAAUAAUAACCUUAUCCUUAAUAGCGUUUAAAAUAAGCCAAAUACAAAUUCAUAAGGACAACAUCACAUGGCCAAUUACCAUGGAAGUUUUUCUCAUACUUUAGUAACGUUAACCUGCCGAAGACAAUCCAUAAAUGUGUUGCAUGACCUACAAAAUAUUUCAUUAACAAAUACAUUUUUUUGCAUAAAAAUUCAAAAUGGUUUGCAAACAUAUAUUUAACUUAAUCUGUAAACAUGUCGACUUUUGUGCAUCCAAGUGUACAUGUUAAGCUUUUACACAUUUGUACAUCUUUUCCGAUCACACUGAGGAUUAUGUCACAUGACUGGAUAAAAGUUAAGGGUUAGGUUGCUGCUAGUUAGCUGCC